AAGAACCCGGUUCAGCGCUCUGGUCUAAGCUGGCUGGGAAUGGGAGAUGAUGAUCCGGUGAAGUUUGAUGAUGGCAUUGAAGCAGACAUCAAAAAAGGAUUGGUACAGCAUUUUGGGGGCAGACCCAUCUGCAAGUGUGUCAGAUCUGAAGCAAAAGUAUCAAAAACUUGUAUUAAUGUAUCAUCCAGAUAAACAAAGUGCAGAUGUGCCAGCAGGAACAGUGGAGGAAUGUAUACAGAAGUUCAUCGAAAUUGAUCAAGCAUGGAAAAUUCUAGGGAAUGAAGAGACAAAAAAAGAGUAUGACCUGCAGCGCCUUGAAAAUGAUUUAAGAAAUGUGGGACCAGUGGAUGCUCAAGUAUAUCUUGAAGAAAUGUCUUGGAAUGAAGAUGAUCAUUCUUUUUCUCUCAGUUGCCGAUGCGGUGGAACAUACAGUGUUUCCAAGGAGGAAGCAGAAGAAAUUACUUUGGUUUCUUGUGAUACGUGUUCACUAAUUGUAGAACUACUUCAUGAUAGCUGAACUUGUUCACUAAGUGGUUCCUUUCACUUUGAAUAUAGACAGUGAGAAAAGUCCAUUCCAACUUUGUACAUCCAGCCAUGUAUAAAGUUGGUAAGAAGCAGGAUUUUUUUCUGCUUGCUCAUAUUAUUUGUAAAAAAAAAAUGAGAUUGUUAAACAAAGGAAAAUUCUUUUCAG